AUGUUUCCUAGUAAGGUGAAGAAUGGUCGCGAUGCUCGGCAGACCCGGUCUGGUCGAAAUGUUAGACCGGUGUCUUUGCCGGAUUUUAUGCGUGCCGAUCCCGAUGGUAAGCUAACGGCCAUUUACCAGCGAAUAAAGGCGGCUUCUUUGAAGCCAAAGCUGCCAAAAAGGCAGGAUCGCUGGGAAAUGCUUAAAAACUUACCGGUAACCGAUGAGUAUGACAAUUUUUCACUACAAAUUGGACGUCGGGGUGAAUGCCGUGUAUUGGCUGAAACCUUGGACGGAUUUAAAUGUCUUCUCAAGUAUCUUACUGAGAAGAAGCACAAAUUUUUUACUUACGACACCAAAACUGAACGUGUGUUCAAGGUUGUCAUGAAAGGACUGCCCAGUGGUGAAUCCCUGGAUCAGAUCAAAGAUGAACUGGCAAAAUUACUUGGAGUUGUGCCACUCCAAGUAAUCAAAAUGAAAAUGAAAUCCCGUCCUGGCGAUUCGCGCAACGGGAUUUCUAAUGAUUUUUAUUUAGUUCACUUCAAGUCUAGUGAACUAAACAACCUUAAGGCCUUAGAAAAAGCUAGCCUUAUGCUCCAUGUCCGAGUGAAGUGGGAACACUUCAGGAAGACUGGAGGAAAUUUCCAAAACCUCACCCAGUGCCGUAAGUGCCAGGGAUGGGGUCACGGAACUAAAAAUUGCUACAUGCCAGCUAAAUGCAUGAAUUGUGGUGAUUCCUCUCACGCAAAGGACGACUGUCCUGUGAAGGAAGAUCCUAAGAAAUUUAAAUGUUCAAAUUGUGGUGAAAACCACAAAUCCAAUUUUUGGGAAUGUAAGACUCGCAAAGCGAUCCUACAAUCU